GUGUGUGUGUGUGUGUGUGUGUGUGUGUGUGUGUGUGUGUGUGUGUGUGUGUGUGUGUGUGUGCCAUAGACAGUCUAUGGGGAGUGUGCAGUGAGAAGUGUGAAUGUGCUUCGUGGAAAAUGUUCCGUUUCUUGCCCCUGCAGAGGUUUUGGUGGUCUCAGAGUGUCUGAUAGUUAAUAAAGUCCCCUCUCUGUCUCUGUGACCAGUCUGUCUGUGUGUGAACGAGCUGCUGCAGCACUGAAACACCUGGAGAACAUUUAUAUAUAUUCAUAUUUUAGUGGAUGAUGGCAGUCUGUGUCUCGUGGAUCCUCACCUUCAUCUGCCUGGCAGGUUGUCCCCUGUCUUCAGCCUCACCUGUCCUCCGCUCGGCCCUGGUGGUCCCGGCGGGUCACAACGUCUCUCUGUCCUGUAACCUGACGUCCAGCGGGGACGUCACCUGGUACCUGCUGCACCAGCAGCAGCUGCUGCCGCUGCUCAGCGUCACGGCAACCACGCUGAGGAAGAGGAAACAGAAAGACCCAAAGACUCAACAGAGAGACGAGAUCAAGGACCGAGUGGAAGACGUUACUAACAUCCACACGGAGGACGCCCGGUUCUCCAGCGAGGGCGACCUGGAGGACGGGACGGUCCGGCUCAAAAUCCUGCAGGUGGAGCAGAAGGACGCCGGGCUCUACUUCUGCACCGGACGCUGUGAGGGAAAAGUCUGCGUCAACAGAGGGAUUCACCUGGUGGUCGAUGGAGCUGACGGGGAGUCGAGCCGGCAGCCGUGUCUCAGUCUGGGGAUCUGUGUCCUCCCGCCUUUACUCCUCCUCUGCCUCGUCUUCAUCGUGGGAUUCUGCCUGUGCACAGGUAAAGCGUCUGUUUGCUGCUGUAAUCGGGUGAAAAAGAGAACAAACCAGCCAGAGGAAAUCUCUCUGCACUACUCCAGUCUGAAGCACGCAGGGAAGCCCCGCCCCUCCGGCCGAGGAGACACGGGAUUGGUCGAAAAGGACGUCACGUACUCUGCAGUGAUGACUCGUAAGAACCCGACCAGAUCACAUGACCACAAAUAGAAAAACGUUCUGCGUUUAAAAGCAAAAAAAAAAAAAAAAUCUGAUUAUGAAUGUAGUUCAUUUUAAAUUUUAUAAACUUUUCUAAGCCAAUAAUCACUUUUUAAACAGACGUUUCUAUAAAUCUGUGAGUCAGUUUCGGCUCUAUUUUUCCACAAUUUUGUAAAUAAUAAGGGGAAAUUCUUUAUAUGCUGGAAACAGAAUCUGUGUGAUCUUUCUUUAAACUGUGAUUUUAUAUUUUAAGCUAUUUCACCGACAUGUUUAACUGUGAAUCGUAGAAAUGUUGCUGUACUUUGCUUUUAGAUUCUGAGUGAUUCUCUUUUGCUUCCUCACAAUCAUAAAUGCUAAAAUGUUACUGUGAAGCUGUUACUGACAGAAAAAAGCAGAUUUUUGUACAAACCACGAGCACAGAGUGAAAUGUAGAAGUAGGAAUAAGUAGCGUAAACUGUUAGUUUUUUUAUGUUUUAAUAAAUGUGAUAAAAAAA